UCGAUUAUUACGUGACUGAUAAAAAGUCAUUUGAUUGGAUUUGAAUAAAAAUCGGAGCGCAACAACAGUACAACAAACAACAUUCUGAACGUGCGGGCAAAUAUUUACGAAGAGGUUCCUAAUAAAGUCGAAUUGGAAAAGAUUUUUUUUAAUUGCAUCUAUAUAUAUAUAAAUAUAUAUAUAUGCAAUAUAUAUAUCCGAGAACAGAGAGUUGGAGUCCCCGAAAGGAGAAGAAACCUGCAACAUUUACCACAGCCAGAGGCGUCUCAGAGAAGAGAAGGAGCUCUCCACAUCACAGCUUUCUGAAGGAGCUCCCUUUUCGCCACUCUCCAAGACAACGCCACCCUCUCCCUCCUUCCUUCCCUGCUUUCUUUUCUCCCUUCGUUUCUUCUAUCCCUCCUUCGUCUCUUCCCUCCUUCCUUCCUUCCCUCCACCUCGUUUCUCCUCGUUUUCUUCCUUCCUUCCAUCUCUCUCCCCCUCCUCUCUCUCCUCGCCCUGUGAGCCUGCGAACUUUUCAUCCCUAACCAGAGAAGGACCACCUUCCUCCAACAUCCCUUCCAGCCGGGAAGGGACGAGGUGAUGCCGCUUACUUUGUAACCGUUUCGACUAAAACUUGGAAGAACAAAUUUUUUUUUUCCUCAGCGCCUUUAAUUGCAGCCCAACGCUCCCCGUGCCAGGGGUUAAGAAUUGAAUGAAUGGCAAUGUGUAGCAAAGCCAUCGUGGUCCUGCUAAUCUACAGCAUCAUCAUGCAUGACAGCAUCUACUGCUCACCUGCGGGCGGACUCCAGCUCCCUGGCCUCAGGCUGGAGGACGAGGUAUACGACGAGGAAGGAAACUCUCUGCAGGAUUUGGCCUUGGACAGCAGCCUCUUGGGGGUCGGGAGCCCCUCCACCUUAUUGACGGAUGUCUACACGCUCUACUUCCCCCCUGAGAACAGACACACGGAUGCCACCUUCAAUUCCGCCUAUCGCCAACCACUGGGCCACUACAUCUCUGCCAGGAAAUCCCUGCGGGCACUCAUCGCCCAACGCGCGGGAGGGGGCAGCGGAGUCGAGGGCAAUUGGGAACCUCUCUCCAAACGCCACUCGGACGGCAUCUUCACCGACAGUUACAGCCGGUACAGGAAACAGAUGGCCGUGAAGAAAUACCUGGCCGCCGUCCUGGGGAAAAGGGACGAAGACAUUAAUACUGACCAUUUGCUACUGUACAUAAACACUGAUGCCCUGCUACAAGGGGAUUAUGAAACUAAUGAUUUGGGAGAAUUCUCGAAGCAGAUUCUUCCCCUGGCCAUGUGACGCAGGAUGCAGUUUGCAGCUUUCGUGCCUUUCUUCGCCUUUUAAAUCGCCACGAAUCACAGAUGGCUAUUUAGUGGCCCUACAAUGCUGCAACACACGAGCUUGCAUUUUAGUCUUAAUCAUUUGUUCUUGGAUGACGGGCAGAGUUUUCUGUGUUUUGUGUCCUCUGUAGCGUUGAAAUAGGGCUCUAGUUUACGUUUUAUUUAUGAAGUUGAAUUUAGUGUUCCGGUGGCUAGCUGCAAACAUUAUACAGUGAUCAUGAUACGAGUGAUCCUUUUGUAUACCUUUUAGACAUAGCCAAGAGCCUUACUCGAUUGGAGCAGAUUUGAGAUAGCGAUCAUUUAGGUAGCUGUUAGUCUUGAAGAUCUUAUUUUCUGUGCAACUGAUUAGAAAAAAAUCAACCGCCUUCACCAAGUAUGAUUACACACAUGAUAUCUAUAACUAGGUCUUUGAUA